AUGAGCCAUCCCGUCGUCUGUGUAGUCUCAUUAUUAAUCGCGGUGAAAGUGCCGAAGGUUGAGGCGGAUGAAUGUACCGCCUAUUUAAGCAAUGUCCUAUUCGACACGACGUUGGGAGUCAUAUUCUGCUGCUGUGCUCUAAACUGUUUAGUAGCUAUAAUCAACAAGCAAGGAGUGAGUGAGAAUUCUACCACAAUCAUCAACUUUGUAGAUUUCAUUCAGAUUCGGAUAUUAUGGGGACCCUCCAGGGCUAAAAGCGUGGGCCAGUCAACUCUCCUUAUGGAUUCACCUGGUAUCACCACUUUGGCAUCACUCACUUUGGCAUCACUCACACCCUCCGAUAGUGAAGUCUUUAAGAUGAUUGUCAUGGUCGAAAAGGUUCUCUGUCUAACAUUUACAAUGAGUGCUCAAGUUAUAACGGCUCCGGUGAGUUUAAUAAUUCUAGGUCCAUUGGAAGAAUACCCACGUCUACGAUUGUUGCUAGUGGUCGUUGCCGUACCAUUAGUUUUAAAUACGUUCCAAUUCUGGAUUACUGACAGCUAUAUUCGAGAUCAGAAGAUGGCAAAAGGGAGACUUACAUCGGAGGAGAGUCCCCUGCUCGAUGAGGUGAGCACGCGGGCGUCGAGUCUGUAUGCUCUCCUGUAA